ACAGACGAUCAGACUGAGUUCAGACCAAACUAGCAGCUUCCUCUGAGUGAGUCCAGCUACAGGAGAGAAAAGUGGAAAACUCCAACACUGCUGCUUCAAGCUGCUGACGCUCCACACACUGAAUGUGAGUUUGAGCAAAAACACGACUCAAAGGAAGUUUCAGUGAAGGUGGUAGAGGAGGGAGGGGAGCCAGGACUGACUGUACUUCCUGUCUGCUGUUUUCAGCUUCACUCACAGACUCAAUGGCUUCCAGAUCAGAGGAGGAUCUCUGCUGUCCGGUCUGUCAGGAGGUCUUCAGAGAUCCUGUUCUUCUGUCAUGUAGCCACAGCUUCUGUAAAGACUGUCUGAAGAGAUGGUGGAGAGAGAGAACAACACACGAGUGUCCAGUUUGUAAGAGAAGAUCUUCAAGGAAUGAUCCACCUUUAAACCGAGCUUUAAAGAACCUGUGUGAGUCGUUCUUACAGGAGAGAGAUCAGAGAGCAUCAGAGGCUCUCUGCAGUCUGCACUCUGAGAAACACAAACUCUUCUGUCUGGACCAUCAGCAGCCAGUGUGUCACAUCUGCAGAGACUCAGAAAAACACACCAAUCACAGAUUCAGACCCAUCGAUGAAGCUGCACAACAACACAAGAAGGAACUUCAGGAAACUCUGGAGCCCUUAAAGAAGAAGUUAAAGGUUUGUGAAGAAGUUCAAGUGAAGUUUGAUCAAACAGCAGAACACAUUAAGGUCCAGGCCCGACACACAGAGAGGCAGAUUAAGGAGCAGUUUAAGAAGCUUCACCAGUUUCUAGCAGAGGAAGAGGAGGCCAGGCUGGCUGCACUGAGGGAGGAAGAGGAGCAGAAGAGUGGGAUGAUGAAGGAAAAGAUGGAGGCUCUGAGCAGAGAGAUAGCAGCUCUUUCAGACACAGUCAGAGCCACAGAGGAGGAGCUGAGAGCUGAAGAUGUCUCAUUCCUGCACACCUACAAGGCUGCAGUGGAAAGAGUCCAGCGCUUCCCCCUGCUGGAUGAUCCACAGCUGCCCUCAGGAGCUCUGAUAGACCAGGCCAAACACCUGGGCAACCUGACCUUCAACAUCUGGAACAACAUGAAGGACAUGGUCUCCUACACUCCUCUCAUUCUGGACCCAAACACUGCUCAUCCAAACCUCAUCCUGUCUGAAGAUCUGACCAGUGUGAGAUAUGGAGGAGAGAGGCAGCAGCUUCCUGAUAAUUCAGAGAGGAUUGAUUGUUAUUUCUCUGUCCUGGGCUCUGAGGGCUUUAACUCAGGGACUCACAGCUGGGAUGUUGAUGUUGGAGACAGUACAUGGUGGAUACUGGGUGUGUUAGCAGAGUCUGUGCAGAGGAAGGGAAUCAUACAGUCUGGUUUUUGGAGAAUGUUUUUCGAUCAAGGUAAAUAUUUAGCAUGGUCACCAUCAGCUCCUGUCACUAAUCUCUCAGUAGAGAAGAAGCUCCAGAGGAUCAAAGUGAAUCUGGACUGGAACAGAGGAAAGCUGUCGUUCUCUGAUCCUGAUACUAACACACACAUACACACCUUCACACACACUUUCACUCACAGAAUGUUUCCAUACAUUAGCACUGUUGAUAAAGUGAAGGUGUUGCCAUUGAAGGUGUCAAUGUCAGUGGAGUAG